AUGGAGGAGAACCAGCAGCUGGUUCGCUCUCUGCAUUGCGCCUUCAGCAAGUGGUACAACAGCUCGGUCCGUGCCGAGGGCCCCAUGGCUAUGUCCCACCAGACCAACAGCUCCAGAUCCUUGAAGUUACAGAUGGAGGACUUCACCAGCAAGUGGCAGGCCCUUAUGCCCCCACGCCACACCUCGAUAAUGCAUGUGUGCCCCAUACUGAGCUUCCUGGCUGUGUUCUUUGUGGUUCCGGUUAUCGUGGGCAACAUAUUAAACAGGCCGCAGAUGUACCAGGAGACGCGGUACAUCCUUCUGGCCAACGUGUUGCUCAGUGACCUGCUGUUUGUCACCGUGUACAUGCUGAGCACCUGCCUGAAUGCAGCCGGGGUGUUGAUGUUAGAGUGGGCCUGCACUACCCAACUCUUCCUGCUGGCGGCGCUGUUCAGCUCUGGAAUACUCAGCACCAUGGCCAUGGUCCUGGAUACGCUGCUGGCCGUGCUGGUGCCCCUGCGAUACUUCGCCCUGUGGCCAGUCUCCAGGACCAGGAGAGCCGUCGCUGGUAUCUGGGCUGUUUCUCUGCUCUUACCGGCUGGCGUUGUGGGAGUGUUUACCUGGUACCUUUCUGGAACCUGCAACCUCCACCUAUGCUCUGUUCCCGUUCUACUGGUGCUCAACGUCAGCUACUCCCCGCCCUUGCAGUUGGCGAUGCUGCUCUCCGUGGCGGCCAUCCUGCUGAUCCUACUGCUGGUGUUUUCCGGCUACGUGGCCGUGUGCUGCCGCACCUGCAAGGCAGGCGUAUGGAAGGGUGAGAGCUCGUCCCGGGCCAAAGGCACCUUCCUCAUCCACUAUCUGCACCUCUUCCUGUCCUUCUGCCCCAUGCUGGUCCUGGCCUACAAGCUGAUGUGGUUCUGCUACUACGGAGUGCAGGACCUGCGCGUCGACCUAUGGUUGUCUCUGGUCAUGUGCAACGUGCUGCUGAUGCUUCCCAAGGCCCUCGCACCCUACCUGUACGGCUUCAGAUACAGGGACCUGAGGAAGGCCCUGCUCCUCUUCUACGGCAUCAGACGUGGCACGCCCAUCGAGCCCAUCACCUGAACUUGAGCCCGGUGCAAAAUAAUUAAACAUUGGACCUUAAAAAAAG